AUGAUCGGGGUCUUACCCAUCGACAAGCAAAAUUUGAAAUUACCUGAUGAUUCUACAGUAAACUUUACAGCUACCAUCAUAAGUAAACUUACAGAGCGACUGCAAGAUGUUAUCAGUUCUUUGAAAGAAGAUGAAUGGAAUUCGUUUAAAGAUGGUUUGAAAACUGUAAUAUGUAUUCAAUUGCUAAGUCAAACAUAUAAGAAGUCAAAUAUAAAUCCACUUGAACUGCUUCUGAACGCAUCAAUCCAAGCAGAACGUCUUGACAUUGCCAAGAGAGUACUCAAACUUAUCGAAAACAUUCAAGAAAAUAAAGAUAUACCUGAAUCAAUAUGGUUCGAACUAUUAGUGCUGGACAGCCCUGACAAUUUAAUAGAAACAAUUCCUAUAAAACAAAUACCAUUUGAAGCCUAUUUAAAGUGUGCUAUCAAAGUUGUUCCUGUUUUAAUACAAUUUGGUAACUUCGUCAAUCAGCUUAGUUCACAUUUUGAUGGUGCUGUCAAAGACAAUGAAUUCCUUAUUGAUCUCGAAAAUAUAAUUUUUCUUCUCGAUUUUCUUCGAAACAAGCCAUCAGAUGAUACUAAUCCGGAUCUCAAAACAAUUCGUACUAUAAUUGACGCAAGUAUCCCACUACGAAAUAAAGUAGGAGAAUACAUGUCGACAUUGAAUGUCACUAUUAAUGAUUUCAAUUCCAUUCGUGAUAUAUUUAUUCUUUCCGCCGAAUCAUGUGUUUUAUUUCAUGUUAAAAAGGAAGAAUUUCUACAUAAAUUACUUACAAGUGGUAACAAGCAUCGUUCGGUUGAGUUUUAUACACGAUGGUUUUUAGCUUUUAUGACACCGAAUAAAAAGAAACAAUCGAUACUUGAUGAUGACGAGUUCAAAGAAUUUCUCAAAGCUUGGACAACAUGUUUUGCACACCGUUCUGAUUCAAUGAUCGAAAUAAUUAAAGGGAUCGAUGUGCUUAUCUCAGCCAUUGGUGAUCAUUCAUGCUCUGAGCACUUCAUUAAACAUAUGAUCGAUCUCUGCUUUGAACAAAAAUCAAUAAUAGAGAAGAUUGAAAAUAGUGUCCUACUAGUUCAAAAUCCGAAGUUUCUCAGUGAAUUCAAAUUAAAAUAUAAAACAAACGUUUUGAGUACGUAUCAAAACAGCUUAAAAGAGUUGGAAAAUCCAGUAAAUCCUUUACAUAUAUUGAUACUCAUCGAUGAUGAUACCAAAUAUCAAAAUAGAUUUCUACACGAAUUAAUUGAAAUGACAUGUAAAGAUAUUAUAAUCGAUGACGACGAAAUUCUACAAGAUGUAUUUUAUCAACCCAGCAAUCGAGCAUUUACUUACUUCGUUCUUUUUCUUCCCUCUUUUAAAACUACGCACACACGUCAGUAUAUUGUUGAUAAAUUGCUCGCUCAAUCGAUAAGUUGGGAAGAAAUAGGAAUGCGAUGGGAUGACAUUUCGGCAUGGGAAAGGUAUACGAAUGAACAGCGUGCAGUAGCCGACAAAGUUUGGGCACACAUUCGUGAAACAUCAUCUAAAAAAUUCGAAUUAGUCAGAUUAAUUAAGACAGAAAAUGAUAAAAUGCAAGAAAAAUUGGAAAUUAUAAAAAUGAUUCCAUCGUGUUUAGACUUUUACUGCUCAAAUGCAACAGAUAAACAACAGUACAAAGAUCUUUUGCAGAAUAUAGCUAAUUCUUUUACAGAUAAAAUUAUUCGAACUGUUGUAAUACCAGAUGACAUUGAAAAACUUGUACCAAUUGCCAAACGUCUCGAUCUUUAUUCUAAAUCAAACGUUUGGCAUUUAUUUCGUCAGCAACCAAUGACAUGUAAGUGA